AUGGGUUGCGGCGGUGAUCGUGAGAAAGGUCUCACCGUUGCUGAAGAGCAGAAGUGGGACUACAUUCAAUUGCAGACGCUCUCCGACUUCAAAUCCACGUCCUGCCUCACUCCCCUAUCCUACGUCUGGCUGUGGAUCCUCAUCCUCGUCUCCGUCGCUGUCUACGCCGCCGAUGCCUUCACGGCCAUCAACCUGCUAGCCUUCAAUAAAUGGUCCAGUCAAGUCCGACCCAAAGUCAGCUUCGACGUUGCUAAAUGGAUCUUUGCCAUCUGUAUCAUCAUAUCAUACGUCUUCCUCAUCUACAGGUGGAUCAGGGCUGUCCGUGUCAUUCGCUCCGGCAGUGUCACGGAAUGCUACUUGGAACCGCUUGCUGCCAUUAUGCAGAGUAUGCGCAUGGGCAAGAACGGCCAGGGAUGGAGGAGGUUCCUCGUCUUUGCCGAAUUGACAAAGAGCAGGAAGGGCGUUGACUAUAUCGCUCUCUUCGUCUAUUUCCAAUUCAAAGGCGCAUUGAUCAUUAUACUCGCCCAAGGCCCCCGAAUUGCUAUCAACGCCCUGACGCUGUGGGCUGUUAUGGAAGCACAAAUCAUUCCCACUGGAGAUCACGCUGCUCCAAAGGACCGCUCUCCUGUCAUCCAGUUCUUUGUGAACAUCGAGACCAUCAUCAAUGAGGGUAACAAGCAGGAGACCGUCAUCUACUUCACUAUGUUGUUCUCCCUUGUCAUCUGGGUCAUUGCUUUCCUUUCCCUCUUCCUUUCCCUCAUCUUCUAUGUCUUCUUCCUCUGGCACUACGUUCCUAGUUCCGAUGGAACCUUGACAAACUACUGCCGAAGGAUCAUCGAAUCACGUCUAGAGCUUAUCGUGAACAAGAAAGUCAAGAAGGCGCUUGAGAAGCAAGACCAAAAACGCAGGAAGGACGAACAACGUGCGAUCAAGAAGGGCGACCUCGAUGCACCAUCUCUACGCGCGCCGACUCUGCCAAAACUUGGUGGCCCCGAUGAUGAUACCGCAUCCGUUUUUUCGAUGAGCACUACUACCACGCUUCCUCCCUACGCCCCUAACGGACCGACGAGAUCCAACACCAUGAGCAGUUCGAACACCGUCGGUACUGCUCGUUCCAUGCAGAAACCUACGCUACCAUCUCUGAACGAACGCCCUAUUCCUGGACGCAAUGAUACCGAUACAAGCUACGCUUCCAAUGCGCCCCUCUUGACACAGGCCGAGAGCAUGGGAAUGGCCUCUCCUAUCCCUCCUCUACCCCCUCUCGACCAGAAUGGAGACUACAUGAACAGUCGGCCAAUGCCUGGAGGUCUUCCGUCACGCCCGUACUCGCCAAUGACCCAAGGCCGCGGAUCUCCAGCCCCUCGUCAACCACGAAGCGCUCUUCCUCCAGUGAACACCUCCUAUGGCAACGGCCCCAUGUCGCCCCAAAACGGUCCUGGAAGAGUCCUCUCCCCCAACCAAGCAUACCCCCCUCGCGGACAUGGCCCUUCAGGACUUGGUGAUCCAACAUUUUCUCCCUACGAGGGUCGAGGCCAGGCGAUGGGUGCUGAGUAUGAGCUCUCUCCUGUCGACAUGACCCCGAGUGAUUACAUGGCUCCACAGCUGCCGAAUGCGCUGCGACCUGGUUCGCCUGCUAUGUCCACCAGCAGCGUUGGUUCGGCAGUGCCUCCUCGAGUCGGUACUGCGGGUCCGCCCAACGCUCGUCCUGGCCUUCCUGCCUCGCUUCAGUCCGCCAUCCAGCGCCGUGAAGCGUCACAGCCGAUUCCAAAUCGGGGACCGAACGGCUACGUUGGCCAGCAGCGAAGCGCUACCGCUCCCAUUCCACCACAGGGAUAUGGUCAAGGACCUGCUCCUCGUAGCAAUACCACAACUCCCGGGGCGGGACCGCGUGGAUAUAACAACCAGUACGGCGGCAACGGGUGGUAA